AGCAGCUACGUGAUGCGUCACCGCACUAACGUGCAGUCGUGACCCCAAGUCUCGCGUGAUGAGACUUGUAGCGUCAGGAUUUAAUGAAAGGAGAAGCCAUUCAAUUAACAGCUCUGUCGAAGGACAUCCGAGACCUCUUACUCGCAGUGAUGACACUUCCUUUUGUCACAUCUCACAGCGCUGCAGGUCAUCAUCUCUGUGACCACCAGCCUGGAGCAAGUGCAGUUGAAGCCAGGUGCUGAUAGAUUGCGUAAAAGAGGACUUGAAGCAGUGCAAAGUUGUUCCUGCCAACCCUGUUUCGCUAUUUUGGUUUUAAGGAGAACCAGGUCCUUACCAUGUAUGCUCUGGUGACUGUCCUCUCAGCCUUACUGUUUGUGCUGAUUUUAAGACGUCUUAAGAGAAAACGUGUUUGCCUUGAUCCCAAAAGGUUGGAUGGUAAAACUGUCCUUAUAACAGAUGGGACAUCAGGCAUUGGAAAGGAGACAGCCAUUGCUCUUGCAAAACGGGGAGCUCGUGUAAUUAUCACAACCCAAGAUGAGGAGAAAGGUGAAGUUGCUUUAAGGCAAAUCAAGAGAGAAAGUGUCAGUAUGAAUGUAAAGCUCAUGAGCCUGAAUAUGGCGAAUCUUCAGAGCAUUCGAGAAUUUUGCAAAGAUUUUCUCCAGAAAGAAAAGAGAUUAGAUAUCCUCAUCAAUAAUGCAGGAGUGCCAGCAGUUUUGGCCUGGACAGACAAUGGCUUUAGUAUGUGUUUUGGAGUAAAUCACCUUGGAACAUUCCUCCUCACCAAUCUCCUCACAGAAAGGCUCAAGAGUUGCUCUCCCAGCCGGGUCAUCACAGUAACCUCCGAUGUUCACAAGUACCAACGGCUGGAUUUUACUGAUCUGAAUUACAAUAUUGUACCACUCUUCUCCUAUUGUCGUAGCAAACUGGCUAAUAUAUAUUUUUCCCAGGAGUUGGCCCGUCAGAUGGAAAGGCAUGGAGUUACAUCAUGUGCUGUUCAUCCAGGUUAUGUUGCCGGGGACUGGACAUUACAGUUUUCCAUAUUGUUCCGCAUAGUGAUGUAUGUCAUCACAUCCAUGUUCUUCAUUUCCUUCAAGGAAGGUACACAGUCUGUCAUCCAUUGUGCAGUUUCAGAUGACAUUCUCCAACACAAUGGCGGCUAUUUCUCAGACUGUAAGCCUUGCAGGCUGCGCCCUCAUGCUCAGGAUACUGGCAUAGCUAAAAAACUGUGGGAGAUCAGUGAAAUAAUGGUUGACCUUUCCUCUUCCGGAGAUUUGAUGAAGGCACAGAUUUGAUUAUCUCUGACCCAGGUACAAAUACGUGAUCCUCAACCAGCGGCUCAAUAGCAACAUGUUACUCACCAACCCUGAUGAAAUUCUCAAACCAGCCAGAUACAUAAAACCUGUCAAAAUCUAUAGAACAUGGAUAUCAGUGGGCCUAAGCGGAACUAACAAAUAAUCAACAAGAAAUCUGAGUUGGAUCAUCUGAUUCCAGACUAAUAGAUCAGAAAUUAUUGCCACCAGAUUGGUAUUGGAGCCAUAAGAAUCCAUAACUUGGGCAUAGGAGGAUAUAUACAGAGAAAACUGUAAGGGACUUAGGACAAAGGCUUGGCAGACCCUCACAGAAAGUGUUGAAAAGGUGCUGAAAUGUAAGAGAAAGUAAAGGUGAAUGGAGAUAAUAGAUGAAGAAAAGGUCAAUACGGGGUGAUUAAUGCUGCUGAGGGAUCCAGGAGAAGUAGUAAUGAAAGGUGGUUUUUAGCUUUCGGGCGACUUUUCGGGUCACAUGUAUACUGGUAUGGUUUUUUCCAGUGUUGCAUAUUAACUCUAAAAUCAAAACAGUUUAUCUGUGUAAAAACUGCAUAUAGAGUGGCAGCACGGCACAUAUCUCCUCUACAGACUUGGUUUAUUUGUUUCUAAAGGUGAUAGAGGUCAUUUGCUAGAGGCAGGGGCUGAAGUGCUGAGACGGGUAUACACUUACACCCCUUAUAUGCCAUACAAUUAGUUGGUUAGUUAGUACUACUGUGCUCUUCAUCCUCUACUGGACUGAAAAUAAGAAAAGGGCAAGGCAGCUCCAAGCAGCCAUUAUGAGCAGGGUUACCAAAUAUAGCCUGUUUUGUGUGCUUUGCAACGUGCCACCUAUAAGUUCUUAUCUGAAUCAAUAAUUAGUACAGGCUUUACUCAAGCAUUUAAGUAAGGCAGACUGGGAUUAAUAUUCUGAUCCUCAAUGACACAACAAUAUAUAUAAUUUAUAUUUAUAUAAUAUAUAUAUAAAAUGUGUACAUAACGUCAUGAACUUUUGACUGCAACUUUUCUAUUUAGUUAUGACUCAUCUACUGCCUUUGCUAUAACUUACCAUCCUCACAGAUUUACUAAAGGGUGAAAUGGCAAACACUAGCAACGUUUUGCCGGAAAUCCCAUCUGCAGGGACAUAGGCAAUUUACUAACAGGUGUAGACAACAAUUUGAUAGCAAACGGGACCGUCACCACCAUUUGUUCGCACUCUACCGUCAGGCAACUUUUCACUCUGGCAA